AGUUAAUCUGUGAUCAGUAUUUUUCUGCAAUCGGGCCAAGUGCCAAGUAAUUUUUAUAAUUUACAUUUCUCAGAAAAUAAAGCCCUCUAACGAUUACAAGUUAAGUUAGAAAACAAUGAUACUUGACUCAUAAUCCCGAAUCUAUGUGAUAAUAAGUGUAAGCGAUGUAUUCAGUGUUUUGUUGAUGUGUCGACUCGGUGCCGUCGUCGGCAGUCGGUGAAUGUGUUCUAUUUGGGAGGAAUUCGGUGUUGUGGGGCGCGAGGGCGCGGCGGCGGGCCGGCAGAGACAUGCACGACCUCUUCAAGCAGGUCCUCAACGAGAGGGACCUCUCCAGGGCCGGUGACCUCUUCUCCCUCUCUGACACAGAAAUCAUCCAUGAUUUGACAGAAGUGAUAAAGAAGAUAACAGAGAUAUCAUCCCACCCAGACUACAGCCAGAAUGACAAUGACCAGUCAGUGGUGGAGAUCUGUGUGACGAGAGUGACAUCAUGCAUCCGGGAGACGGGGACGGUGGAGGCGCACUGCCGGCCACUGGUCGCGCUGCUCGAGGCGUGUCUGCACCACAACCUGAGACCCUCCACUAACCACCAGAAUGAGGACCCACCACAUGCCAAGAUUGCUUCUGAUGUCAUCUCAUGUAUUUUUCUGGCAUCAGACAACCAGAACUACAGCAAGAAAGGAGUCAUGGAAGCGGUCCUACCCGUAGCAGUGCGUCUGUUACACGCCGGCCACGCGGAGCUGGCGCGCAACAUGGCGCGCUACCUGUCGCUCGCCGCGAUACACCACGCGCGCCUGCUCAAGCCGCACGUGCAGCAGAUUGUCGACUCCAUUGUAGCAGGCAACUACGGUCUCUGCCGCGUGCUCUCCCAGCUCUACGAGGCCGACCCCCAACUGUCUCUCCGCGUCCCCUCCUUGGCCGCGCUGCUCCCGCGCGCCGCGCCGGCGGAGCAGCUCGCGCUGCUGGCGCUGUUGGAGGCGGCGGCGCGGCGCGGGGAUGAGCAGCUCGCGCCGGCUGUUCCGCUGCUGGUGAAGUGUGUGGCGGAUCAACCGGAUGCUGUUGCCACUGCUGUGUUGAAGGUCCUCCUAGCCCUAUCCACAUCGAAGCCAGAGCUCCUCCACCCUCACGCGGGCACCCUGCGCCGCGCCGCGCGCGCCCCCGCGCCCCCCGCGGCCCCCGCCCCCGCCGCGCCCCCGGCUAAUGCCCCCGUGCUGUUGGCGCAGGUGUUGGCGAGGCUGGGACAUACUAAUAAGGAGCGUGCGCAAGAAGCCCUAAACUUCGUGCUCGAGUGCCUCCCGGCGUGCGACCGCGGCUCCCACGGCGCCUUACUGCGGGAGGCGACCUCGCUGUGCAGCGCCUACCCCGCGCUCUUCACCGAGCCCGUGCUGGCCGCGCUCACGCCUACCUCCAGCGAAGUGAACCAAACCUCAACCGGCGUCACGAUCGUCAAGCUAACCGCCCCGGCCCCCGCCCCCGCCCCGGCCCCCGCCCCCGCGCCCGCCCCCGGCUACACGCGGCGCGCCAAGCUGGGCGACUCGCGCAGCACGGGCCGCCUGCACCCCGGCGCGCACUCGCACCGGAGCAUGACCAGGCUCAAUGUCGCAGGCGGGUCGGUGGGCGGCCUGCACAAGAGCAUGACGCGGCUCUCCUCCUCGCAGCAGAUCAACCUGCAGCAGAAUAACAACAAUAACACAGGUGCAAGCAGCCGCUCUCCGCCCACCACGGGCGGGGUCACCGUGACCACCAUCACGCCGGCGCGGCGCGCGCGCAACAACCAUCACCACAACAUCUUCAUUGGACAGACCAAUCACAACACGACACCACCGCUCAUAACCAACCCGUCACCUCUCCAAGCGCAGUCCAUAUCCGUCAACCCGCUAGCACUCGGCAAGUCCUCGGACCUGCUGCCAACACCAUCAUCCGUCUCCAUCCAACAUUCCACCACGGCUCUGGGCCACGUCUCCAUAGUCAACUCGGCCAACACUGGCCCAACGUUGGCCCCACUCGGCAGCGGGCCAAUCACCAUCACGCCCAACCCCGUCAACGUAUCUGGCCCAGUCACUGUGACGUCACGACGGGCCAACAACACCAGUGUCACGAUGAUUAAUUCUAAUUCCAAUGCGAAUCACAGGAUAAGUGUUUUUGAGCCGUAUCCCAUGCGCGAUACGGUGCAGCAUUUCUGUGAGAAACAUCUGGAUAAGAUCAAGGCGUACAUGGAUAAUGUGUCGUUGAGGCUGCCUCCGCCCGCCAAGUGUACUAUUGAAGAGCGCAGAUCCAAAAAGAUGGCCAAGCUCCACUUCGCGUGCGGCGCCCGCGGCGCUCACUGCCUCUACGCUCGCACCAUGUUCACACUACGGACGCGCGCGCCCCGCGUGUGGGUGCACCUCAUGUUCCUAGCACUGCAGGCCAGGUCGACGGCGGCGCUGAGCUCGCGCGACGCGUCGGUGGCGAGCCUCAAGCACUGCUGGGACAUACUCAAGUGCGAGAACAAGACCUUCCUCACGCUCGUCACUAGCGCCUUCCCCGGACUGAAGGAGCAAGAGAUGCUACUGAACGAGCUCCGCGCCGCCGGGUUCUUCGACGUGUUCGAGCUGAACGCCGCCGCCGACGCGCCGCCGCCGCUCCUCGUCACUUGGGGUUGUUUCCUCUGCGCGCACCCGGAGCGCGCGGUGGGGUUCCUGGUGGACGGACAGCCGGUGAUCGAGGGGCAGCUGAAGGAGAAGAAGGGGCGCUGGCGGCUGUUCCGGCGCUGGCGGACGCGGUAUUUCACGCUGUCCGGCGCGCACUUGAGCUGCAAGGGAUCGAGCGGCGGCGAGAGCAUAGACAUCAACCAGAUCCGGUCAGUCAAGGUCUCCCGCGGCGCACGCAACAUCCCCAAGGCCUUCGAGAUCUUCACCGGAGACCAGACGCUUAUACUCAAGCCUAAGGACGGGAAAAAUGCCGAGGAAUGGGUGCAGUGCCUGAGUAUAGCGGUGGCGCACUCGCAAGCUAGGGACGUGCCGGCCAAGAGCAAUAGUCUGCCGGCUAGGGGACUCACGUUGAAGAAUCUUUGAGGUACUUACACCAGAUUUACUUAUGUACUGGCAUGGGUACUUAAUCAUAGGGUAUUUUAUUGUAUACCAUUCGGUUGUCCUUGAAAUAGGCUUUGACGCUGAAGAAUCUUUGGUUCAUAGAAAUGUAUGGUUGUGUAGAGCGAUAGCUGGUGACGGAAUAAUGUGAAAUUAAAAUUGUAUUUUCAAUGGUAAAUAGAGUUGGUAUAGAUACUCGUCUUUUGAAAAUAAAAUAUUUUUUUUGGAAAGUAUAAAAAAUGCGGAAGGCUAAGUUUAAAAUAAAUAAUUUCGUCACAAAUAUUACAAAAGAACACAUAAGGCUCGUCCUGAAUUUUAAACGAAACUGCCUGCAAAAUAAAUCAAGGAAGUGACCGUGAAUGUUGGACUAUUAUAAUUAAACAAAAGGUCUCAUAUACCUGCGUGACCCGUAUAUAAUAAUAAACUAUAUACAA